CAUUUUUGUCUUUUAGAAAGCUGUUAUAUUUUAUCACAUAAGUGUAUUGAAUUCGAGUUAGCUGCGUAUGAAUGAACUGCCAUCUUUCUCUCUUCACAUCCGCACGAUAGGGUUUCUCGUGUAAAUUGAAAUGGCCAAAAGGACAAAAAAGGUUGGCGUUGUGGGAAAGUAUGGAACCCGUUAUGGUGCCUCUCUUCGGAAAAUGGUGAAAAAAAUUGAAAUAACACAGCAUUCCAAGUACACAUGUACAUUUUGUGGAAAGGAAACAAUGCGACGAACUUGUGUUGGGAUUUGGAAGUGCCGAGCAUGUCAGAAAACAGUUGCAGGAGGAGCGUACGUUUACAGCACAACAGCAGCGGCAACAGUUCGAAGUGCUGUGAGACGACUUAGAGAAAUGAAAGAACAGUAACCAUUUGUUGGAACAUUUAUUCAUUUUAAAAAAAUAAAAACUUUUUAAACUCUGGA